UUGGCGCAACAACAACAAGUGAAGAAAAAAAUAAUUAAAAUCACUUGCCUUGCUCGCGUAUUGCCAGGGAAAGUGCGUAAACAAAUAAAUCUGGUGCAAGUCACAGAAGGUUAACGGUUGAGGGCUCUUCAUGGUGGCGACUUGUAAGAAUUUCAUAAUACUCGUAAUUACAAAUUGAAUUUUUUCCAUCACUUAAUUGAGUUGUUUGUGCGUUGGGUAGUUCGCUAUAAAAGCGAGUGGAAAAUUAAAUUCGGGUUUCAGUUCGGCUUUUACCGUUUGAACGAAAACAGUCGGCGAAUGGAAAGAUUUAUUUUCUGUUGGAUGAAAAUUGAGUUUAUAGAAAGUUAAGACUAACUUUUAUACAAAAACAAAAAAAAAAAACAAAAAAAUAAUUAAAUAAAUUUUCUUAAAAUUGCAUAAUUUAUAUUUAAAUUUUGUGACAAAUAUAUAACCCCAAGUCUUCACGAAAAGUUUUCUAACUCAAAGUGAUCCACGAAAAAUUUGAAAUAUUUCCACUGAAAUGAAAAUAACUGAAUUUAUUUGUGUGCUGGUUUUGCUGGUUGUGCUCUGCAGUCCCCAAGCGUCCUCUGUCAAGAGUUGCAGUUACACCGCGCUGACCGCCGGCCCUCAAGCCGUAACGUACGAUGCCGCCACAGAUAAGAGCGUGGAAUAUGUGGAUUAUGGCACCAACACGAACGGAAUUUGCGUACAGCGCGCGCGCUGCAGCAGGGAAUAUGUGACGCAAGUGAUCAAAUGCAGCGAUCUGCGAAUAACUUGUGAAAACCGCAAAUUAUUUGAGGGAGAGUUUCCGGCCUGCUGUGUGAAGUGUUGACAUAAGAAGGGAGAAAUGUUAAAUGGGUUUAAGCGAACGGUGUGACGAAAAAUGAGAAUAAUGGAAACAAUAAAAAAUG